AUGGAUGGAAAUAAUGAACAAUGCAUUGACAAGUUUCUUGGAUUAACUCCAGAAACUCCAUUAGACAAAGGGUACAAAGAGAUUACUGACUUUUAUUUUGAUGAAAAAGAAGAUCUAGUCCAAAAUGAAGAAACAGAAGGAAUCUUUAUUAUCUCUGAAAAGAAAAUAGGUUAUAAGAAUCAACAAGGACUAGAAGUAGAAGAAAGAAUUAACUCUCCAAUCUCUAGAAACUAUGAUUGGAGAGAGUUGGGACCUGCAAGUGCAACUCCUCUAUGA